CGCCGGCAAGCACCGUGAGAGAAACGACCGGGGACGCGAUCGACCUCAAUCAUGAGUGGAGCACUCCGACUGGUAAAAUGCAGGCUGCUGGCCACUGCAGUCGCAGCAUUGUUCCUGGCGAACCAAGCAGUGGCCGACGUUGCGAAACCAAAAGAGAUUACGGACAAAGCAGGGGCCAAAGACUCGAAUGGCGGUGACCUGAUUGGCGCAAGCACGGGCUACAAACACAGGCGCAUCACCAAGGCAUCGUCGCUCGAAGUGGACACUCCUAUGGAGCCUGUCGGCUACCAGCACCAAGGAACCUAUGAACGCCCUGGGUAUGUCAAGGGUUACGCAAAGCUCCGAGACGCGACGUAUGGCAAGAUAAGCUACAGUCGCGAUGAUUCCUACCGGCAGGAGCAGGAUUACGAGAGCCCGUCGCUGCACGAGAGGGUUAACUAUGGCAAAGUCAAGUACAGCCACGGAGGCGACGAAGCUGCAGGCUACAGAGAGAGCGAUGACUCGAGGCCUGGCACCGCAGUUGAUGACGGCAACACGUACAGUAACGACGGCUACCUGACGCCCAUCUACAACCGAGGCGACUACGUGCGAGUGAGCCACCCGAGAGGAACCUAUCGCCACAAGAGCCGCCCGCAUGGAAUGUCCUACAUGCCAGUCGAGUACAACCGCGAAGUGUACCCUUACGAGCAAGGGGAUCAGCAGGCUGGAGGCCAGGUCGGCUACUCCUCGCGGCUCCACAACAACAAGAUCGGCGGCAGCAGCUCGGUGUUCGACGGUGGAAGCUACAACUAUGCCGACGCCAAUCGUUACCAGGGCGUGGGCGGCGACUACGACUUCGGGUCGAACAAGCCGCACUUGCAGCCGGGAUCUUCUAUCCAGGGUGGCCUAAGCAUCUUCGGCGGUUACGGUCAGGGAAAUGGCAACUUGCGGUACCGAGAUUUUGUCCCGUACUACGGCUCGGACGGCUACUAUAGCCGCCACGACAACGGAGGUUACGGGCUCCAGAGCUACGGUUCCAGCGUACGUGAAGGUCAGCCCAAACCAUACGAAGAGUACAGCAACGCUCUCAACGAGGGCGGCUACGACGAAGCGUACGCUGGGCAGAGUCGAAGGUACGGCACAAAGGUCUCGUCAGGGAAGAAGACGCACAAGCAGAAUGGCAGCAACCGCAGUGGGCUGGGCGCCUACAUAGUAGGCGUCGAAUACAUCGGCCGCACCCCGCUUCUCGUGCAGACACAACCGCCGCGCAGCGCACCCGCCAAGGAAGAACAGUACUGGAAGUGACGGCCCCGACUGCCACAAGCACAUCUCCCUCUCCCCCCAAUGUAUAUCACUCAUAAAGUUCUCGUCCUCAGUGUAGCUCACAUCUGACUCUGUUUCUACUUGGAACAUUCGAAAUGUGCC